AGGAGAGAGACGGUAAGAAAAAGUACCGCCUUCGGGUUUAUUCGUUUGAGGGCGGGAAUCUUCGUGCCGCGCCUCUUCCCCUCCCCGCGCGGUGCACGUGACGCGCGGAGAGGCGUGCGUGCGGCGGGGUCUGUGUUGGGGAGGGGCUGUUAUAGGCGACAGUGUGCUGGGAUGUUUGAGUCGGCAGUUGGUGAGAUGGUGGCGGUGGCGCAACACCAGGUGGGGGUUGGCAGGCGGCAGCGGUUCGAGCCGAAAGAGCUAGCGGGCCCUGCUGGGGCGGGGACUUUGAGGCGGAGGCAAGAAGGAUGCUCGAAGCUGAAGGGGUGUGUUGAAGAAGAAGGAAGAAGAAACGGGCGUUCUGAGGAUGAAGACGCUUUAUUCGACCUGGAGGACGAUAGCAGUCGCGAAUGGAGAGUUGAAGACAAAAUAGAAAAGGAACCAAAGAUGGAAGUGAUACGGAAAAAUGUAGCAUCAAAUACAAAGGGAUUAUUUUUGUCAGAUCAAAAUCCUUUGAAAAAAUUUACCAUCCCUAAAAGAGCUCCUGAUAAAGGUUUUCUAACAGAGUGUUCCACUAAUCAGAGAGACUAUAGUGAGAUUAUACAACGUCUGAGCCAAAGUUGCCUUGACACAGAAUGUAACCUGGAAUCUUUGUGGCAGUUUGAUAAGAUAGAAAUGGUUCACAAUAAAGAUCUGGAAGAAGAUUUUGUUGCAAAGAGGGCUAAGUUGCGUGAAGAAGGAAGGCAAGAUAAAGAAGUCUCUGGCUUUCUAAUUGUGCCUAAAGAUGAAGUCUCAAAAAUUUGUCAAAGUGGCUUGCACAUUGGUCAUUCCACCAAGAACAAACUAAAUAUUGUGAAGGAGCUGGGAAAUCCUCAACUUGGAGUAUAUUUAUUCAGAUAUGUUGAGGUUGCUUUGAAUUAUGCAUCCAAACAUUCAAUCCCAGUAGAAAAUAUCAUUAUCUUUCGGGUUCUCUUAGGAAAAGUGAAAAAAAUUCAGCCUCCCAAGGGCAAAAAGAAAGUUGCUUUGGAUCCAACUCCAAACUUUGAUUGCCAUAUGUCCAGAAUCCAUCCUUCAGUUAAGGAUUCACUGGAGGAUCAGGCCAUUAGUUCUUUGGUAUAUUUUUAUGAAUAUAAUGAACUUUCAAAACCAGUGGAAAAGCCUAGGCAAUGCCUUCCAUAUGCAGUCAUAAAAGUAAAAUGUGUUAAUCAGAAGAUGGAGGCAGUCUCCCCAGUGGCAUCUUCAAAGUGCAGACCUCAAAAGUUGCCUAAGCACGUGGGAAGAGGAAGAAGUCUCCCACUGGAAAACUGUACACGAGUGACAAGGAUAGGUAAAAGCCAGCUCAUCUAUGAACAUUUCAGAAAGCCUAUAGAAAGUUGUGCAGUAAACUUACAGAAUAAUGCAUCUGCAGAAGUUUCUCCUUUUUCUGGAAGCUUACAGAACUGGAGUGGCUCUAUAGCUGAAACCCAGUGCAGAAAAAUGAAACCCAAAUCAAGUGAAAGGUGGGAUUCAGCACAGAUGGAAACAAAUGAAACAAAUCUUCAGUAUUCACCAUAUGUGGAUGUCUGCAGAGAUGUUAGAAGUACCCACACUGAAAACGCUAAUAAAAAUCCUUUGAAAACGCAUCCUGGAGUUUCUCCUGCCUGUGAUAGUGGUUCAAGUACUGUACUUACUUCAAGACUGAUUAAGGAUCCAAGGUUAACAAAAAGGGAACAAAACCUAGGGAAGCAAAAUGCAGAGGCAAUCUUUGAUGGAUUUUCACAGUGUGAGAAUGAAAUGGAAUAUAACUUGGAAAUGAAAAUAUCAGCUGCUGUAGGCAGUCCAUAUACUGUAUCUGAGGAUUUUUUCCUCCUGAAUUCUAAAUAUACCUUUAACCAGAGGCAAUAUAUGGAGAAAACAUCAUGGGAAGAAAGUACUUUAAAAGAGAGUGUAGCAGCCUCUCUAUUAAAUAGGGAUAGAGAUUACUCAGUGAAUAGCAAGCAGGGAUUAAGUAAUAUAAACAAAAGCAUUCUGCGUUCUCAGAAUGCUGAUACAGAUCACUCUUUGAAAACCAAUCUAAGUCAUAGUUCUUUAAAAUUCAAGACCUCCAAAGCCAAAAAUCCAAACAGAAUCCUUAUGGAAGAUGUCAAAGCAGAAAAAGAAAUUAAACAUUUAAAAUUGUCUUCAUUGCAACAGAAUCCUUCUAAAACAUUGGUUAAUGAACGGAAAUUUCAGGACAAAAAUCCAGAGAGUGUAACAUCUAGCAAAGAUAAGAUGGAUAACACAGGAAAAAUUGGUAACCAAUUACAAGGUGGUUAUGCUUCUGAAAUGCUGUACUCAGCAGAUCUUGAUACAAAAUGUGCUCAAAAAAAUUGUACUUCAUCAGAGGAAGAACAUAAUGGUAAUGUUGAAAGUUGCAACUUUCAGGAUAAUACAUUACAGUCUGAAUUUUGUCAAAAACUACAUGUUUCUGAAAACAUGAGAGAAAACCGGACUGAAGAGAACUAUCGCUGUGAAUGGUCUUCAGAUGAUCAAAUGGGUGCAGAGAUGUUUGAACAAAAUGAAUGCCAUGCAACGAUAGAAUCUGAAAACUUCAAUAUGGCUGAAACUCCUAAAGAGAUUAAUAAACAAAUAUAUGCAACACCUGGAAUAACAAACAGCUCUGUAAGAGAAAAGGAAGAAUGUACUACAAAGAAAAUGAAAGAUACUUCUUUCAAAGAGAGAAUCAUGCAUCAAUCACACAAUGCCUGUAGAACUGACCCAGUAAUAAGAGAUUGUGAUGAAAAAAGUGUAUGCCCUCCUGAGUCAGAAUCAUUAGAGAAAAAUAUUCUUGGAGAUAGCAAACAAUGUUGUCUUUCCUUGGGAAUAUUUGUUGAUGAGCAAAGACAUUUGGAAACGGACGACAAAGUAAAUGCUAAUGGUUUUAAUCAAAUACACAUAAGCGAUUUGGAAGAGGCGUCUCCCUGGGAAGAAAAAGGUGGAAUAUACACCCCUGAAAUACAGAUACCUUCCACUACAGAAAAUGCAGCAGAAAGAACAUCAGGAAAAGAAAAAGAAAAUUAUGUCAAGACAGACAUGAAGAAAAGUAUAAGUGUUAUAAAACACUGCACGGAAGUUUCAGAGAAUUUUGGUGAUUUGGAUUCAGAAAAUAGUAUAGAUCUGACACCUCAUCAGAAAAAAAAUCACACUAUCUCUAUGUUAAGCACCUCUAUUCAUGUACCUUUGGGGGACAGAGAGCAUACUGAAAUUAAAAAAUCUCAGGCUAAGAAUACGGGUACUUCAAAUGCAAAUUUUGAAGUGUUGAAGAAUAAUUUAUCGUGUACAGAUAGUAUUCCAGAAAUAUUUGAGCAGGAUUUAGGGGUAAAAUGUGAGGACAAUAAUAUUCAGGACUUGGAGGUUUUUAGUGAGAUUGAAAAUGCAUUGGAAGGGAGUAAAAAAUAUCUCUCCAUAUCACAGAACCCAUGUAGUCAUGGAAAUAUAUUGGGUGAAAAGGAUGAGUAUCAUUAUUUACAAGAGCGUAUGGAUUGGGAGAAUCUGUUUCAAAAACCUAGUCUGAGCACAAAGGUUUCAGACAAUCCCUCUGUGAAGGAGAAUGAAAAUGGUGUGGAAGAAACUGAACUGAUUAAUACAUAUUUAUGUCCUGACUUACAAAUUACAAUAACCAAUAUAUAUAAGCCAAAAUUGAAUUCCUUUCAUAGUUCUUACAGAACAAAUACAGAUACAGGAAAAUGUGCAGCUAAAUAUUUGAGUCAUAAAAAGGGUAUUAAAGGAUUACAAGAUAAAAAAAAUGAAAAAUACAUAAAGGGUUGGAAAACUUCCAACUUUUAUCACAGAGGGAAAGAACAUAACAUUUCAGAUGAACAGUGUAUAUGUUCUUCGUUGUCCAAGGGACAAGUUAAAACAUUUGUGCAGUCUGAAAAGUAUAUUAAGAAUAUUUUGAAUACUCUUAACACUGAAGCAUUGUUUUGUAAAAACAAACAUCUUUCUCAGAAAAUAGAUGGAGCAAUGUUUCACUUAAGAAAAGCACGGUGGAGUGUUCAAAAAUCUUUAAAAAUAUUAGCAAAAGCUAGAAGGAAAAGACAAAGUGACUCAUCAAAAUCAUGCAAAGUCAUACACUGCGGUUCCCAAUAUUUGGAUUAUUCUGUAACAUCUGGUUGCAUUUCAGAUAUACCUGGUAGCAGUGAUAAUGUAAGGAAUACAAAAAUAACAGAACUUGAAACAGUCUUUGAGAAAUCUACCAGUUUAGAUACCAUGGAAUUCAAAAACACGAAAAUAACCACUGACAAACAUAUUAUGAGUAAUGAGGAGAAGACUUACGUAAAUUUGACCUCUGAAAAUUAUAUCCAAGAAAAUGUAGCUACCAACAUUGGAUGGACAAAGCAAGACUUCAGCUCUGAAGCUGAUAGAUGUAAAAGCAAAAAUAGUGCAAAACAUGUGAAUUCAGUGAUUGAGAGAAAAGAGUGGUUUGUCAAUCAAGCAGACAAAAGAAAAAGUGAAGGGACUUGUGAGUCUGAUAUAAAUGCGAGUACAAUUAAACUUGCCACACCAGUUCAAACAGCUGUAGAAUCUUCUGCAAAACCAGAUGAUAUUUCCAGUUCCUCACCUAUUUUUACAGUGCUGGAAAAUGUUUUUUCUAAUGAAAAUGAAGCUCUGGAAAUAUCCCCAGUGCAGCAAAAAAACAUGAACAUGAGUGCUGGGAUUUCAUCCAAUAGUUAUCUACUAUCUCCAAUGCCCUUGGUAGAUAAUAGCUUGUUCCUGUCAUCUCAUAAUCAUGAAUUACAGGAUUUUGAAGGAGAAAAAACAGAGGAAAUGGGGAUAUCGAAGACCAAAACAGAUUUUUCAAAUAUAAAAUUUCCUGUGAAGCCAUUAGUAAAAAUAGAUUUAGAACAGAAAGACAUGACACAAGCAAGUCAUUUCACACCCAGUAAGGAAACAGCCUGCAGAUUUUCUUCAGUUAGUGUUAAUAAAGUUAUUCAGCUUCAUUCCAACUUCCAAGAAGUUCCGGAACAAAAUGUUGAACCUAUUACUGCAACUACUAUUUUUCCUCCUGCCCAUUACUAUGAUUCUGUGCCAAAUAAAACAAAUAAAAAAUCUACAAACUCUAGGACAAGAUUAAAUGAAAUCUGUUGUUCAGCUGAACAUUCAAACAACUGCAGAGACCUCAGUGAUGACAUCAAGUGUCCAAAAGUAGGAAUUGAACUAAAAUCUCUUGAUUUCAUCAUUAAAAUAUCAGAGAUCUUGAGAAAAGCAGAUGAAACCACAUCUUUGAAUAUAUUACACGAACACAUUAUGUCUUGCAGAAACAGCCUUCCUUUCUUUCUUAGAGCUUUUGAGAAAAAGCAGGAAUGCUCUUUUGAACGUGUCUUAGUUUCGAGGGAGAUACUCAGGAAUGCUGAAAGAAAGGUGCAGGCUGUUCAUAAAUUAAAACCUUGUGCUAUAGAAUCACUGAUUGAACUACAAAUUAUCAUGGAAACCAUUGAGUUCAUUGAAAAUAAGAAGAGGCUUAUAGAAGGUGAACCAACUUUCCGAAGCUUGCUUUGGUAUGAUGAUUCACUGUUUAGUGAGUUGUUUGGUGGGCAGUCAGGUUAUCAGCAACAAUCAAAUCUCUAUCCUGCUUUUCAGAGGAGACUAAAAUACAGUGCUCUUAAUGAGUUACAAAGCUACCACAAACAAUUAGUAGAGGCUUUUGAGAACACAAGGUGGGAAAAUAAUUCAUACUAUUCCUUCUUGAAAUUAAGGCGAGAAAUAGAGGAAUGUGAAGCAGCAAUUAAAAGUAAUUCCAAUUUAUCUGAUUUUUUCCUUUCUGUUCCAUAUGUUUGUGGUGCUAACUAUGGAGAUACUCUUGAAGAUUUGGAACAUGCCAGAAAAAAUACAAUGGAUUUAAUAAACACAUAUGAAACCCUUCCUGAAAUUAAUGGGAGGGCAGAAAAAGAAGACAAUAUUUGGGUUAUAAUGGAGAUUAUUGCUACAAAGGUAGAAUUCAUAAAGACCUGUGAAGAUGUGAACAUAAAAACAUCAUUGUAUGGUCUUGAGCACAUAUUUUUUGAUACUGCUAAGAGUCUUGCUUGGAAAGAAAGAGAGAAGUUUAUAAAUAGAGAUUUAAAAGAUGGGAAGAGGCAAAUGCUCAAAUUAAAUGAAGCUGCUCUAUCUAAGCUCUAUGACACUUACCAGAAUAUGGUAGAAGAAUUUGAAAAUGGAAGCUGCAACAGCGCCAUUGAAGAACACAUAUUAAAGGAAUCUUCAGGAGGCUCUUGUAACUGUGAAAUGGCAGACAGGCAACAUAAGGCAAAUUAUUAUAUUACAAAGUCCCUUAUUGUACGUCAGGAUAUUUGUUGUAUUGGUGAAAUAUUAGAUGAAGCACAGGCUUCAAAUAUUGAGAGGUUACAACAGCUCACAUGCAGAUGUAUGGAACAUAUGGAAAUGCUGAAAAAGUAUUUUCAGAUUUUACAGGAAGAGGAUGUCAGUGUUUUGAUCACAAAAGAAAAUGUACUGGGAUUCAUGAAAAGUGGGGGCAUAAGUCCUGUUAUUUUGAAACCAGAAGCUGUUGAGGUAUAUACUGAAAUGGCAAUGAUAUAUGAAACAGUUUUUUUCCUUAAAAAUUCAAUAGCAAGAAAAAAAGAUAAACCAAGAUUUCGAAGUUUAUUAUGGUUUGAUGAAUCACUUCUACCUGAACUUUUUCGGUGUCAAGAAAAAAUGGCUUCCUUGUCUUACCGGAAAGACAACCUUUUAAAAAUGAUAGAGUCUUCCAUCUGUGAACUUCAAGAUGAGUUGAAUGUUAUUUAUGACUAUGCAGAAAACUUAAAUUGCUCAUAUGCACUUCAUCUUCUCACAAGAGAGCUUGCAGAAUUUUCAGAAACAAGAAACCUCCUGCAAACAUCUAAAUCCUCCAUCUCUAUGUGUGUUGACUUGGUGCCAUAUUCUAUAUGUUUAAAUUAUGGGAGUACUGUGUCUGAACUGGAAUGCAAUUACAAUCAAUUUUCUUCUCUCCUUGAAAAAUUGAUGCUGGCUGAAAAGAAAGAUUUAGGAAAAAUGGCUCACAUUAUGAAAAUAAUGAAGACUAUUGAGCACAUGAAGUUUGUCUGUUCUGAACAGGGGAAAUCGCCUCUUCCUCUGGUUAUAUAUCAGAUGCUUAAAAACUGGAGAAAAACUUGCCAGUUGAAAAGGCAAGAUACAAAAAUGCAUGUGGAUAUCAUUGAAGAGCAUAACAUCAAAGACAGUAUGUGUAGCAGUGGCUCUCGAGUUUGUCAGGCCUCAGGUUCUCAGUCUCAACACAAAAGGCCUGCUAAUGUAUCUUCAGAAGACAACCCUGGACCUUAUGAAGAGAAGAGUGAUCCUUCACACAGUAAAAAGAAAAAGGUUGCUGCUUCAUUGAUGACAACCACAAAAAAUAUACAUGAAAAAGAAACUAGCAGAAAUUUAAGAAAGAGUGGAAAAUAUAAUUUCCCAAAAGACAAAGAACUACAGUUAAGCAUUUCAACGGACAAUAUCUGGAAUAAAAAAGUUGAUGAUUUGAGAGAGACAUCACCAAUCUCACAUUUACAGAUAAAAGAUUUGAAAGCUGUUUGUCCUUUUGCAAGUAUUCAUUCUUCACCAAAUAUCUCAGACCCAAAGUUGAUUUGUUCAAACAUAUUAGCCAGUCAGCAAAAUCUAGCAGAUCUAAGAGAUUUCAACAAGAACAGCUGGAGUGCAAAAGAACAUGAGGAAUAUCUUGCAUCCCAUAAUGAGAGAGACAAAGAUGUUUCUUUAUCUUCAAUGAAGGUUCAAUUAUUACAGCAAUGUCCUGAAGGCUCAGUUAAUAAAGAUGGCAGUAGUUCUACGCUAAAUGAGCACCAUGACUUAAAAUCAGAAUCCUUGGGCGAUGCUUCGCAUGAAUGUAGCACAGCUCUCUGUUUACCACCAAAUCCUCGUAGAAAUGAGGGGAAAUGUGGGGAGAAAACUGUUAUCCCCAACUGCACAACCACAUAUAAUUUAGAUUCCUCAACAAUGAUGGAAGUAAAAUCCGUGGAACUGGAGCAUUUGCAGUUGGGAUCAUCAUACAGUGAAAAUAACAAAAAACCUGCUGAAUUGUCUGCUUUCAGUCAAAACGAACAUCUUGAGGAAACAUCUCAGUUGCAGUGUUCUUCUGUGCACAUUUAUGGUACAGUCCAUCCUUACUACUCUUGGUACUUCUGUCAAACUGGUAGCAAUUCUCACUCAGUAAUUCAGGCAUACCAGGAAUUAAAUUCCUAUGAAAUGCAUCAGCUGACAUAUGGCAUGUCUGCAGCUACAAGCAUAAUGUAUAACACACAGUCCAGUAUGUUUCAUUCACAGUCUUAUAGUCAUUUUAGUGUUGGAGAAUCACAAAGGUUUAACUUUGCCCAGAUGUAUCCAAUGUAUGGUUAUGUCAGUUCUGUAGUAGGCUUUCCAUGUAAUAAUUAUCAGCAGCCAUUAUGGUACGCAGAAAAUCAGCCUUUGGCACACGUUGCUUUUCCAUAUCCUUCCAAUAUUGGCUCACAAGAUUAUGUGGAUCUACAGUAAGUGCUGAAUCAAUUAAAAAAUCUAGCUUUUUUAAAAAAAUACUUAGUUGCCGCUUAAAAUUCCUUAUUGUGGAUCAAGACACAAACACAACUAAACUAGAGUGUGUAAUGUUGAGCCAAUAUGAUGAAUGCAUAGUUACAGGUGCCAUUUGUCGUCUGAACCAGCCCUUGCAGGUACACUGAGAACUGGAACCCAGUUACCACCACUAUUAUUUUAACCCAUUCUUUUAGGUUUCAUUCAUUCAGUUUUAAAACAGAGCUGAACUAGACCUUGAACUGACCUACACUAUCUACUCUAGGGGGGUGACUUCAGAAUUUAAAAAAAAAUCUAAAGUAAAUAAAAUGCUGUUGAUUUGAAAGUUAGCAUACUGGUCUCAUACUGGAUCAGUAUCUGUAAUACAAGCAGAAGCUUGUGCUGUUACAGUGAACACAGCAUCCAGUGCUAAGAGACAUUUCUCUGCAUAGCAAUGAAACACCCAUAGAUAUCCCACUUAUUACAGGGAUUUGCUAGUUCUGGGAAGUCAUGGCUGCUGUGUUUGUCCUUUGGAUACAACGCAAGUAAUUGUAGAAGUAGCUGCAUGUUACAGCAGAGCAAACAGUUGUGGUGUUAUAGGCAGUACAUUUGUUACAAUUGUUGAAACAGUCUAAGGCUUGUUCAUUUUCAGCUGCCUGGCGGCGGUCCUUUGCUGGGUUCAAUCAUUCGUCCGUUUUCUUCUUUUUACUUGUGAUGCUUCUUUGAAUACUUGAUUAAAAUUUUUAUGUAGAUUUGGCAUUAAAAACUGCUGUCUGGUAUUUUCAACUGAAAUUAAAGCUUAUGAAAAUCUGAAUCUUUCAGAAUCAUUAUCACAUAAUCCUUAGAACAUGAUCCUGUACCAUAUUACACAAUUCAAGUUAGAUUGGGCCACUGGUAAAUUCAGUAAAGCAUAAUAGAAAUAUUCAUGGCUUCAGGUAACUAACCUUGUCUCUAAAAUGCAUAGACUCAUGUCCCAUUUGUUUUCAUUGGAUGUAUUAUUUCAUUUAUGAAUCACUGAAGUAUGUAUCUCAAAGUGAUUUCACAAUACAACCCUUAUACGCACAA